AUGCUUCAAGUCGUAAAAGUGCUCGUUCUGAGUUGUCUCGUGAAUAGCGCCGGAAAUGAGGAGAAAAGAGGUUUAAUCAUCAUAUCGAUUUUCGAUGUACUGCCAAAGGCUAAAAUAACAGCUUUCCGUGAAGCACCGCCCGGAGAUUUCGUAUCAAUAUACGCAGAGAUGAGCGACCCGAGAAUCAGAUGGUCCCUCAUCAUAUUACUCAUCCUGAAGAAGUUUUUGUAUGAUUAA